CUGGAGGCAGGAAAGGGGAUUCAUUGGGAGACAGCGAUGCUGGAUAAGUGGGAAUCAUCCCUGUUAGCCAAUGGGUUUAAAGAGAGAGGCAGAUGUCAUUAGACUGAGAAGUACCACCUCCAAGUGCAAGAGCUUCCCCUCAGUCGGGAGAGCGUGCUGCGUGUGAUCGGAGCCAUCACAUCAGCACCAGCUGCAUCCUCCUCUUCGGGUGCCCGUUCCUUCCCCCUCUCUCUCUCUCUCUCUCUCUCUCUCUCUCUUUCUCUUUCUCUCUCUUGCUCUCUCUCGCUCACAGUCGUGGGAAGCAGCAGUUGCAGCAAUACAGGACUGAAGGAAGACAGAAGAGGCUGGACUAUGAGUCAACGCCAUGGCUAUCGCAUGGUGGCCUGGACGAGGAUGCCUGGCAGCUGUGUGUUCCUCUCGCUGACACUAAUAGUGAUCCAGGGCCGGGGUGAUGUGGAACUUGCGAAAGAUGAUCGCUAUGAGUGGAAAACAGGCCAGUGGGGGAGGUGCAUGGGUGAGGACUGUGGUCCCGGGGGCAUGCAGACGCGGUCGGUGUGGUGUGUCCACGCCGAGGGCUGGGCGGCCGCCGUCUCCAGCUGCCCACUGGCGGACAUGCCUCAGCAACAGAGGCGCUGUUUCCGCGAGUGUGACCUGCAGAGAGAGCUCUUUGAGUGGGAGACUUCCGAGUGGGGAGCCUGCACGCUGACGCCUGGCGGGCCGCAGCCGGCGGAAUGCGUGAUGGCGCAGCAUGGCGUGCAGUGGCGCAGCGUGCGCUGCAUGCGCACCUCGGACCGCAGUGCCGUGAUGGAGCGCGUCUGCGAGUUCCUCUCCCGCCGGCCAGCCGAGGAACAGGCCUGCCUCAUCCCCUGCCCCCGGCCCUGCAUCGUGUCCGACUUCUCCGCCUGGUCGGCCUGCAGUGCCAGCUGCGGGGUCGGCCUGCAACACCGCACCAGGGCCGUCCUCGCCGCGCCCGUGUACGGGGGAGCCGGCUGCCCCAACCUCACACAGACCCGGCCCUGUGAGCACCCCCGCCCUUGCCCCGGCAGCGAGGGGGAGUACCGGUACAGCCUGAAGGUGGGGCCAUGGACCGAGUGCCGGCUGCCCCACCACAAGCAGAUGUGGCUCAGCGGUCGCACCACACUGGACUUCAGCGCCGACUCCGGCGAGAGGAACUCGGUGCAGCGCCAGGCCCGCAGCCCCCAUCACACCCAGCACCACCACCAGCACCAACGUCACCUCAGCCCCAAGGCUCUGGACAUCGAGAUCGGCUACCAGACGAGGCAAGUCCGCUGUAUGCGGAGUGAUGGCAAAAACUCCAUGCUGAGCCUUUGUACGCAAGACAGUACCCCAGUGACAUUCCAGGCUUGUGUGAUGCCAAGAGACUGCGAGACGUCCGAAUGGUCGCCAUGGAACCUCUGCUCUAAAAGCUGUCGGGCACUGGAUUUGUCGCCCGGUUACAGGACGAGGACCCGCAGCCUGAAACAGGUCCCCAUUGGUGGGGGCAAGGAAUGUCCUGGCCUUGAGGACAAAGAGGCUUGCAACAUCAUUGGAGAUUUACUUCCAGAGUGUCCCAGGUACAUGUGGAAGAGCACAGACUGGGGAGAUUGCCAAAUCCAGCCCCUCCUCAGCACGCAUGACCGGCGCCACGGCAACCUAAGCCUGCUGUGCGGUGGGGGGAUUCGGACGAGGGAGACGUACUGCGUGCAGGUCCCCGGAGACGCAAAAGAAGUGACCAGGCCAGUGAACAAGAGGAUGUGCCCAACGAACAUGCCCCCAGCCGCCCAGCCCUGCUCCAUCCUCUGCCCCCAAGACUGUCUGCUCUCCCCUUGGUCGUCUUGGGGCUCCUGCCUAUACGACGACUGCCUGGAGCCCCAGGGGAGAAAAGGCUUCCGGCAGAGGACGCGAUAUGUGCUGCGGGAACCGGCGGGCAUGACCCAGGGCUGCCCGCACCUCGUGGAGUCCAUGGCGUGCGAGGACCCUGUCUGCUUCCACUGGGUCGUCUCGUCCACGCAGCCGUGCGAGGCCACCGAGGGGAAGUGCGGCGCGGGGAGCCAGGCGCAGAUGGUCCGCUGCGUGGACAGUGAAGGUGAGGCCAUGCCCAACGAGCGUUGCCAGGACGACCCCCCGCCAUCUCUGGGGCCCUGCGAAGUGCCCUGCCCCGGGGACUGUGUGCUGGGAGCCUGGUCUUCCUGGUCGCCCUGCUCCCAUUCCUGCUCGAGCAGAAACUCAGAUGGCCGGCAGAGCAGAACCCGCGCCAUUCUGGCACCGCCUGGCCAAGGAGGCAAACAUUGCCCUCCAGCCAGCACCCUGGAGGACUGGAGGCCAUGUAACCAGCACCCCUGCAUUGUGUUCUACUGGGAGGCAUCGCCUUGGGGGCCCUGUACCGAAGACCCCUCCGCCAGCGACCCAAACGUCACUAGCAGCUUGGACAGCCCCCCCACCUGUGCUGUCGGCAUACAGACCAGGAAGGUGUCCUGUGUGAAGAUGAAUGUGGGGCCAGUGAUCCCAAAAAGGUGCCCGGAGUCGUCUCGCCCCGGCGCCACGCGGACCUGCCUCCUGCCUUGCAGGCGAGACUGCAUGGUGACGGCCUUCAGCGAGUGGACGCCCUGCCCGUCCGGCUGCCAGCCAGUCAACAGCACUGUGACCACCCAAUCACGGUACAGAAUCAUCACGCAGAGAUCAGCCAACGGGGGACAGGAAUGUCCGGACACUCUUCACGAGGAAAGGGAGUGCGAGGCACUUCCUGUGUGCCCGACCUACAGAUGGAAGACACACAAAUGGCACCAGUGCACGUUGGUGCCAGACUCGGUCCAGCAAGGACUCACAGGGGUGGGAGAGUCAUGUGGCCGUGGGCUAGAAAUUCGAGGUGUGGCAUGUGUUGGGGAGGAUGACGAGCUGGCGAAUGUGACGGAGUGUCUCCAGUGGGCUGGGGCCAUGCCCCCCCGGGCAAGACCCUGCUGGGUGCCCUGCAAGGACGAUUGCACCCUCAGCAGCUGGGCGAAGUUUACAGACUGUGCCGACUGCGGAGGCUGGCGCACCAGGAAGAGGACACUCACAGGCCGGAGCAAGAAACAGCCAAAGUGCCAGAGGUCUGAGCUGUACCCGCUGGUGGAGACGGAGCCAUGUCCCUGCACGGACUUCCGGGCCCAGCCGUGGGGGAACUGGUCCUCCUGCGUGCUGCCGGAGAGCCGGGGCUGGAGGGCGCAGCGCGAGCCGCAGGAGUGCAGCCAGGGCCUGCAGCAUCGCGCCAUAGCCUGCACCGACCGCGACGGCCGCCUGCUUGACCCUGCCCUCUGUGGGGGCUCAGGCUACGUGGAGGAGGUGUGCCAUGUCCCCUGUCCCUUGGACUGCAAGCUGAGUGACUGGUCUGCCUGGUCUGCAUGUAGCGCCCCCUGUGGCAGCGGGGUGAAGGUCAGGUCCAAGUGGUUACGGGAAAAGCCGUUCAAUGGAGGCCGGCCAUGCCCCAAACUGGACCUGAAAAAUCAGGUGUAUGAGGCAGUGCCGUGUUACAGUGAGUGCAGUGAGUACACCUGGGCACCAGAGCUGUGGUCGGCGUGCGCCGUCAACAUGGUAGACACGCCGUCGAGCUGCGGGGAGGGCGUGCAGAGUCGCAAAGUCAGGUGUGUGCGGAAGGACGAUGAAUCUCCCACGGGUGAUACCGUGGACAGCAGCCUGUGUGACCCAGAGGAAGCGCCCCCUAGUGCCCAGACCUGCUUCGUGCCGUGCCCAGAAGACUGCGUGAUGUCCCAGUGGAGCCAGUGGAGCAGCUGCCCUUCUCCGUGUGAGCAGACCGUGGUGAGGACACGGCAGCGGCAGACGCUCCGCCUCUCGCAGACGGGCAGCGCUUGUCCUGAGGAGAGCCAGUCCGACAGGUGUGUCCUGAACAGCACCUGCUUCAACUACCGCUACAACCUGUCAGACUGGAGCACCUGCCUGCUCAGCGAGAGCGCCAUCUGUGGGCAGGGGGUGAAGGUGCGGCAGCUGGACUGCGUGCGCAGCGAUGGCGAGGUGGUGGAGCUGAGCGUGUGCGGAGAGCUGCUCCUGCCGGCCGAGUGGCAGCUCACCAUGGCCUGUGUGGUGGACUGUCCCGUGAACUGCCUGCUCUCGGAGUGGACGCCUUGGUCCUCUUGCUCCGUCACCUGUGGCUUCCAAGGUGAGAUGGUACGAACCCGAGGUGUGAUGCAGCAGGCGCACGAACAGGGCCGGCCCUGUCCCUCCCAGCUGUCCCAGACCAAGCCAUGUCCAAUAAGGCCCUGCUACACCUGGCUGCUCGGUGACUGGUCCUCCUGUUGGGUGGAGGGGGCGCAGUGUGGGGAAGGGGUUAGAGAGAGGAACCUGACCUGCGUCGUGCACGGAGGAGACCCGCUGGAUGUUGCGUCAGCCAGGGCUGUGGGUGCAGAGAAGUGUGAAGACAGGCUGAGGCGGGCAGAGGGACGAGAACUGCAACUUCCCUGCUCGGUGCCCUGUCCAGGAGACUGCCAUCUGACGGAGUGGUCGCCCUGGAGCUCCUGUCAGCUGACCUGCCUGAAUGGGAGGAGCUUUGAGACGACGGGCCAGCAGGCUCGCUCCAGGGCUGUGGUCAUCCAGGUCCCGGAGAAUCAGGACAGCUGCCCUCAGCAGGUCUUUGAGACGCGGCCGUGCAAAGAUGGCAGGUGCCACAGCUAUGAGUGGAGGACCAGCGGGUGGAAGGGCAAUGAGCGUGCCGUGUGGUGUCAGCGUUCGGACGGGGUCAAUGUGACAGGAGGAUGCGUCCCACAGGAGAUGCCCACAACCAUGAGGCACUGCUAUCCCCCCUGCACCAAACCGUUCUCCCACUGCACACAGAGGGGCGUCUGCGGCUGUGAGGCUGGCUACACAGAGGUGAUGACUGCCCAUGGAUUUCUGGAUUACUGCACUCGCACCCCCGGGCUCGAUAAUAACAAGGCCGACGUCAAGAUCAGCUCUGGCAGGUUCAAGCCCGGCACAUCCCACAUCCAGGAGUUCUUCCACGAGUGGUCGCUGAAGCCCGUCGGACCAGAUGGCAGAGUAAAAAUGUGGGUCUAUGGCCUGACCGCUGGAGGAUUCGCUCUGAUCGUGCUGGUUAUUGCUCUGUCCUUUUUGUUGUGUAAAACACCUGUGCAGAGUAAGAGCUCUUCUCCGCCACAGAAACCUCUGACUCUGGCUUACGACGGAGACGUGGACAUGUGACCAGCCCGCCUGGAUAAAUCAAGGGGGCGCAAGUCCAACAGGAAGCAACAGGAGCAAACAUAUGCAACAUUUCAAUGAAGGGGACAGACCCAGAUCAGCCCUUUGACACGGGGCUUGACUGGGGUGUUUGAGUGCCAUGGACAGGGCGGGUUCUGUGAGGAUGCCGCACGCUAACAGCACACGGAGUAGGGGGAGUUCCCCCGGUCCAAAUCAGUAAACCCCAUCUUGACAUUUUCAGGACUUUAUCAGAACCUGCCAAGGGAUCUCCCUCUAACAGAUGGACAGCCUUUACUUUUUCCUAAGGUGACUUUUUAAUACUUAAAAAAAUGACAAUAGCCAAAAGGAAAUUAAAGUAAAAUUUCAGUGAAUGAAAACAGCAAGUUUGCCUUUAUGCACUAUAUUAGUGCCGGUUCACCCCUCCAUUCUGAUCAAACUUUGCCUUUUGUAUUUACGUUGUGCUGCAAGAGUCUCUUUCUGUGAAGUUGUGUUCUUCAGUGAUGCUGUCCUGAGGUGUGUCAGUGUCGCGUGACUUGGACUUUAAAUAUCAGACCAGGAUGGCUGGUACCGCAUGAAGGAGUGUGAGAGAUGGACCAUCGUCCGCGCGCCGGAUCAGCUGGAAACGCGGGGUGCGUCUCAUCCCAUUACCCACGGAUCCGAGAGCAAAGCUGCCCCUUUCUCCCCCGUUGACCAGUUCGGGGGGGGGGGUUUGUUCAUUGAUUUUGGCUUUUCGGUGUUUUUUUUCCUAGCUGUUGAUUGCAGGAAAUGGCUCAUGUCCUAAUCCAAUGGAUGGCUGUGCAUUACCACACACAGUCCUGGAGAUCGUGGAGCAGAAUGAUUGCUAAGGUGACCAUGCAAAUAAAGGGUGUGAUCCAGGACUGACCAGCGACGUAGCCAACCACCUGUCAUGUUUGUUAUGCAAGGCGGGUCACAUUCAGUAAACCAUGUUCUUGACAUAAA